AUGAAAAGUCUAUGGGAUGAACUAGAUGCUAUGAACACUUUUUCUGCCUGUGGUUGUGACUGUGUGUGUGGUGCUAAGGAAAAGAGUGUAAAAGCUCAUCAAGAUGAGAGACUGUUGCAAUUUUUAAUGGGUGUAAAUGAUACUUUUAUAGGUGUAAGGAGUAACAUUCUGUUAUCUUCCCCUCUCCCUACUAUUGGACAGGCAUACUCACUUGUUAUUCAAGAUGAAAAACAAAGGGAAAUACAUGCAACACCUACUUACCCAGGGGAAUCAUUAUCUUGUAUGGUCAAUAAUCACACACCAAGAAAAUUCAAUGAGAAUAAAAAUCAAAAGGCAGUUUAUGACUCUAAGACAAACACUGUUUUCUGCAAUUACUGUAAGAAACCUGGACACACUAUUGAUAAAUGCUACAAGAUCCAUGGAUUUCCAACAGAUUUCAAGUUUACAAAGGCAAAAAGAUUUCAGAAUGGGGUUCAAUCUAACAAUGUGUUCAGUUCAGGUGAUGAAAAUGAGCAACCAUCAAGAGGAAACAAUGAUACCAAGUCUUUGAGACCCUUCACUGAAGAGCCCAUGGUGCUUGGUAAGGAACAAGGAGGUCUCUACAUCUUGAAGUCAUGUCUGCCAGAAGUUUCUCCUAGUUUUCCUAAGGCUGUUUCUAGUUGUCUAUCUAGUUCUGCACCUGUUUUUAAAUUACCUAAGGCUCAGUUAAGUUGUGUUUCAGAUUCAGCUCUUAUAUUUACUGCUUAUUCUAGUUUCUUUGAUUCCAAUGUAAAAGAAAGAUUGCGGCACUACAGAUUAGGCCAUAUUCCUUUAAGUAAUAUGAAAAAUAUUUUUCCUAUUUCCUCUUGUUCUAAGUUUACUUCUCCUUGCAUUAUUUGUCCCAUGGCAAGACAAUCCAAACUCCCAUCUCCACGAAGCACCAUUACCACCAAAUCUGCCUUUGAUCUAAUACAUGUGGACACAUGGGGACCAUAUAAAAUAGCUACACAUGAUGGUUUUAAGUAUUUUAUCACUAUUGUGGAUGAUUUUACAAGAGCUACUUGGACACAUUUAUUAAGUACCAAAUCCAAUGCAUUUCCAGUUUUACAAUCUUUCUUGUCUAUGGUGGAAAGACAAUUCAAUUCUAAAGUGAAAAUUAUAAGAUCUGAUAAUGGCUUUGAGUUGGGGAGUGGGAAACUUCAAACAGAUUUUUUGUCUCCUAUGUGCACUCCUCCUAGUCCUAUUACUAGUCCUGAAUUUUCACCUAGUCGUGCUUCUUCACUUAGUCCUGAGUCUACUCCACCUAACUCUCCUGAGCCAAUUGUUGAAACUAUACUUAGACAAUCUUCUAGGAUUCCUAAAAAUCCUUCCUAUCUCAAAGACUAUAUUUGCAAUGCUGUCACACUCACAGAUAUGAAUGCCAACUGUUUUUUUUAG